UAGUAAGAAUCAUCAGUUUGACAGUUUGUGACAUCAUCAAGUCAGGUCACUUCACUUACAGACAUUCACUUCCAAACCUGCAACACUCGUAGAAAGUAGUGAGAAGUGUUUCUGAUUGAAAGAUGUUGAGAAUCUGCAGCAGAAAUCUGGUGAAGGUGGGGAUGUUGAAGCCCAGUAAGGUGAUGAGACCUGCUGCUCUGCUUUCAUACAGAAACAUGGGUCAAGAGCAGGGUCUGCCCAAAAUGCCUGUCCCGCCCCUGAAGCAGACCUGUGAGUUGUACCUGGAACUCCUGGAGCCAGCCGUGGAGCCGGCCGAGCUGCAGAGAACCAAAGAGCUGCUGGAAGAGUUUCAAAAAGCAGGAGGAGUCGGAGAGAGGCUGCAGAAAGGUCUGCAGAGAAAAGCAGAGCGAACGGACAACUGGCUAACAGAUGAUUAUGUAAAGAACGUCUACAUGAAAAAACGGAACCCUUUACCUAUUUUUUCUAAUAUGUCUGCGAUGUUACCGAUGAAAGACUACACAACUAUCAAGGAACAGAUCGGGUAUGCUGCUGACAUCGUUCUGGGUUUGUUGGACUAUAAGGAGAAACAUGAAGAUGGUAGACUUAAUGCGUCUAUACAAGGGUUCCCGCUGUGUAUGUCCCAACAUGACGGCAUGCUCGGAUCCAGUAGGAUCCCACAUCCGGAGGUCGAUUCUCUACUGUUCUUCUUGAAAAACCCCAACCCCCCUAUACAUAUGAGCGUGGUUCACAAUGGUCAGUUCUUCAAGAUGGACGUGUACCACAGUGACAGGUCUAAGCUGAGUAAGGACGAGCUCUGUGUUCAGAUGGAGAGAAUCUGUAACUCAGCAGUACAGCCCAACCAGGAACCUGUUGGCAUCCUAACCUCUCAACGCAGAGACAUCUGGGGGAGAGUUUAUAAGGACCUCAUCAAAGAUGAAACCAACAAACAGUCAUUGUACGCCAUCCAGAGCAGCCUCUGCACCAUCUGUCUGGAUGGACCGACACCCCCUGUGGCCAACAACAGUCAAUGCAGCAAAGGGAUGACGCAGAUGUUGCACGGAGAAGGAAGUAGCUGGAACAGCGCCAACCGCUGGUUUGACAAGGGUGCACAGGUCAGAUGGUACACACACACACACACACACACACACACACACACAACAAACAGGACAGUGAAUAGAGUUUGAAAUUGGGGCAAGUAAAGAGUGGAAAAUGACAUGCAGGAAGGUAGCCACGGAUCGGAUUCGAACCAGGGCUGCCUACUUUGAGGACUUAAGUCUGUGUAUGGUGGCGUGCGA